GGCAGCGAUGCCGGUGGACAAGGUUGGCAUGCUGUCGUUCACUACCUUCUCGUGGAUGACGAGCAUCAUGUGGAAGGCCUACAGGAAGGGCCUCAAGGUGGACGACCUGCCGCGCAUCUCGCCACUCGAGAGCUGCGAGUAUAACGCCAGACGGCUGGAGUUUAUGUGGACCGACGAGGUGAAGCGGCACGGCCUGAAGCACGCCUCGUUCCGCCGUGCCGUCUGGAGGUUCAUCCGGACACGCAUCUUUGUCGGCAUGUCGGUGUUCGUCAUGUGUCUCAUCAUGGGUCUGCUAGGACCGACGGUGUUUAUGCGCCGUCUACUGGAGUUUGCCCAGGACGAGGACGCCCCGCUCGAGGAGGGUAUCUGGUGGACGGUGGGCCUGAUCGCCUGCGAGGUGUUACGCGUCCUCUUCUUCACGGCGCUGUGGGGCAUCAACUACCGCACGGGCAUCCGCCUGCGGUCCGCCUGCCUCACGGUGCUCUACAGGAAGCUGAUGAAGCUGCCCAGUCUGGGCGACAAGUCGGUGGGCCAGGUGGUGAAUCUGUUCGCCAACGACGCGCAGCGCAUAUUCGACCUGUGCGUGUUCGGUCCGCUCAUCAUUGGCGGGCCGGUGAUCGCGCUCGGCGGCGUCAUCUACAUCGGCCUGGUGCUCGGACCGUACGCCCUGUUUGGAAUGAUCGCCUUCAUACUGUUCUACCCCCUGCAGUUUAUGUUGUCGCGGAUCACCGGUUACCUGCGCCGACGUACCAUCGUGGUGACGGACCGUCGUGUGCAGCUGAUGCACGAGAUUCUGGCCGCCAUCAAACUCAUCAAGCAGUACGCCUGGGAGGCGACAUUCGUUAAACGCAUCACCGCGGCUCGGUCGUCGGAGCGUUCGCUGCUGCAGCGCGCCGCCUACGUGCAGAGCGUCAGUAUCGCCCUGGCGCCCACUGUACCCGUCAUUUCUGCCAUCAUCACAUUCCUGUGUCACGUCGGAGCUGGCUACAACCUGACUGCUGCGCAGGCCUUCUCCGUAAUUGCCUUCAUGGACAAGUUGUUUCGCUCCACGCUUGGUAUUCUGCGUGAGGCCACGCGGAUAUUCUUGGAGGUGGCAGUGGCCUUCGACCGGGCGCAGUCGAUCCUGCUCAUGGAGGAGCAGCAGCCGUACGUGGAGGUGCCCAGUGACGUGAACCAGGCGGUGGUUCUGCAGAGCGCCACACUCGCCUGGGACGCCGUCGGCGGCGACAACGACUCGGCCGGCGCGGCGGCAAAGAACAAGGACGCCAACGGCGACGGCCGGGGAGCGGAGACGGAGGCGCUGCGGCCGGCCCUGGCCAUCCCCUCCCGUGACGCCCUCAUAGACAUCGACCUGGUGGUGCCCAAGGGCACUCUGGUCGGUAUCUGCGGCCCGGUCGGAGCCGGAAAGUCGUCCCUGCUCUCGGCAGUACUGGGUCUGAUGCGACUCCGGUCCGGACAGGUGGCUCUGGACGGCUCGUGCGCCUAUGUCGGCCAGCAGCCGUGGAUCCUCAACGCCACCCUCAAGGAGAACAUCCGCUUUGGACACAGCUUCGACGCCAAAAGGUACUUCACGGCGCUACGGGCGUGUUCCCUGCACAAGGACGUCACCACGCUACCGGGAGGCGACGAGACGGAGAUUGGCGAGCGGGGCAUCAACCUCAGUGGCGGACAGAAGCAGCGGGUGGCCCUGGCCCGCGCUCUGUACGCCGACAGAGAGAUCUACCUGCUGGAUGACCCGCUGGCUGCCGUCGACUCGCACGUAGGAAAGCACAUCUUCCAAGAGUACAUCAAGACGGCGCUCAAAGACAAGACGGUGCUCUUCGUCACUCAUCAGUUGCAGUACCUGAGCCAGUGUGACACGGUGUGUCUGCUGAAGGAGGGCCGGGUGGUGGAGAGCGGCACCCACGCCAAGCUGAUGUCGGACGCCGCCGAGUACGCCGCUCUGAUCAGCACCUACGUGGAGGAGGAGGAGCAGGACGAGGCGCAGGACGGUCAGACGGACACAGAAGUCCUGCUGGAGGUCGCCCAGUCACGGAGCGGCCUGGGUCUGACUGAGGAGGCGGUCCGGCGCGCCUCGUCUGAGGUGGCCCGGCGCCGCUCGUCCCACUCGGCUGAGGGCGCGCACACAGUCAAAGGAGACGCCACCAGCGCCGGGGCCCAGCUGACUAAUGCUGAAACCCUGGAGAAGGGCGCCAUCUCUGGACGGACGUACAAGGCGUACAUUCAGGCCGGCGGCGGCUUCCUGAUGGCGUCACUCGUCAUGGUGGUGUUCAUCGUCAACGUGGCGUCGGCGGCCUUCUCGUCCUGGUGGCUGUCACACUGGCUGGAGCAGGGCUCCGGGAACACAACCAUCGAGGUCGGUAACCAGACGAUGGUCAGCGACCGCAUCACCGACCACCCGCGUCUCGACUUCUACCAGCUGGUGUACGGCCUGUCGGUGGUCACCAUCCUGGCCACCAGCCUCAUCCGCGGCUUCUUCUUCAUGCGAGUCACCCUCGCAGCCUCGUCUCGGCUACACGAUCGUCUGUUCCACCGGGUGCUGCGCGCUCCGAUGGCGCUGUUCGACACCACGCCCGUCGGCAGACUGCUGAACCUCUUCUCCCGGGACCUGGACGAGAUCGACGUGCGACUGCCGUUCACCACGGAGACCUUCCUGCAGAACUCGCUGAUGAUCCUGACGUCGCUGUUCUUUGUGGCCAUGGUGUUCCCGUGGUUCCUGGUGCCGCUGGCGGUGAUCGCUGCCGUGUUUCUGUUCGUGAGAGCUGUGUUCAGUGUGGGGGUGCGCGACCUGAAGCGGCUGGAGAAUGUGACCCGUGCGCCCACCUACAGUCACGUCAUCACUACGGUCAACGGGCUGGCCACCAUUCACGCGUUCGGCAAGGAGCGAGAGUUCAUCAACAGGUUCAUGGGCCAGUUUGACGACAACUCGUCGGCGUUCUACCUGUUCAACUGCUCCAUGCGCUGGGUGGCCAUCCGGCUGGACAGUCUGACCGUAACCAUCACAGCGCUGACAUCCGUGUUCGUGCUGGCCUCCCACGGCGUGGUACCGGCCGCGUUCGCCGGUCUGGCCAUGGCCUACGCCGCCCAGCUCUCGGGUCUCUUCCAGUUCACCGUGAGGCUGAGCAGCGAGACAGAGGCGAGGUUCACAUCGGUGGAGAGAAUCGACGCCUACACUGCCUGUAUGGCUCAGGAGGCGCCGGCCGUGGUGCCCUCCAACCGUCCGGCCGCCGACUGGCCUCAGGCGGGUCGGGUCUCCUUCAGCCGCGUCUGCCUCCGCUACCGACCCGAGCUGCCGCAGGUGCUCAAAAACGUCACAUUCGACGUGCACGCACAGGAGAAAAUCGGUAUCGUGGGCCGCACGGGCUCGGGUAAGUCGUCGAUCGGCGUGGCCCUGUUCCGCCUGGUGGAGCCGGAGGCGGGCCGGGUGCUGGUGGACGGCGUGGACGUGUCCACUGUGGGCCUGGCCGACCUGCGCUCCAGGCUGUCCAUCAUACCGCAGGACCCCGUGCUCUUCCUAGGAACCGUCAGGUACAACCUGGACCCGUUCGACCACUACUCGGACGCCCAGGUGUGGCAGGCCCUGGAGCGCACCCACAUGAAACAGAAGGUGGCCGCCCUGGAGCUCCAGCUUCAGGCGCCCGUCCUGGAGAACGGGGAGAACUUCAGCGUCGGAGAGCGGCAACUCAUCUGUAUGGCGCGUGCUCUGCUCAGGCACUCCAAGAUCCUGCUGAUGGACGAGGCCACGGCGUCGAUCGACACGGAGACGGACUCGCUGAUCCAGACUACUAUCCGAGAAGCGUUCAGCAGCUGCACCGUGCUCACCAUCGCGCACCGACUCAACACGGUGCUCGCCUCGUCCCGGGUACUCGUCCUGGACGCCGGACAGGUCGUGGAGUUCGGCAAGCCGUCCGUGCUGCUAGCGCAUCCCAACUCCAUGUUCGCUGCGAUGGUGGCGGCCGCCAACGCUGCCACUGGCAAUACGGGGAACUCGCAGUUACCGGCGCCGGCCACAGAUGGCGCUGCCGCCGCGCCCGCCUCGAACGGCACUGCCGGAGAUAAGUGAUGUGUGCCGGUCGUGGAACCGGUUUUGAUGCGCGCAGACCGGCGCCGGGACGCUGUAGUUUGUCGGUCAGAUGUCACGCAAUGUGUGCGCUGGCUAGGCGCGCCGCCUCAGCGUCGCUUGUGUUUGUUUGUCGUUGAAUUGUUUGUUAUGGCGUACUGCGCGGUCGAUCUCAACCGCAUAGUAUUUAGUUAGACUUAGGUAUUCCAUCCAUUUUAGCAUAAUAAUUCAGCACAGGGAUUCACCAUUCGUCCGGUGUGUCAGGAUUUUAGUUUGAGAGGAGAUUUUUAGUUGAUUUUAUUUGUGAUUAAGGGCAACACAAUGGUGCAAUCUAGAGUGAUUUUUGUUGUACUUACGAUACGUUUAUAUAAAUUUAUCGCAAUGAUAUCCAACCAAAGCAUUGUUGCGCUAUUCGGUAGCUUGUGGCACAAUCAGACACGCACAGAAGCUUGCUAUUCCUGGCUUACCAUUCACUCAUGUGUGCGUAUGAUAAGAGGAACAACUUUUGUUUUUAUUCCCGUCAAGCUACAUGCCAUAAUCGCAUCGUUCUCCAUACGCAUUUGUUAUACGUUUCUUUCCAUUAGCAAGGAACAAUUGCCCUUACCGUUAGCAUUUCUGAUAAAUGUUCGAAUCAGUCCGGAAAGCGUGAAAGCAUAAUUGAGUAAAACUAAAGAGUCACAAAUGGCAUAAUAUGCUUGUUCAAUGUUGGCAAUAGGGUAACACAGAAAAUGUGAUUGUGUUGAUAAUAUCGUGUGCUUCCGUUGUCUCGUGCUGUCGCCGGAUCGAUCAGGGUAAGUGUUCAUUGGAUAGGAGACGGGAACUACUGUCCCGUGUGUUCAGAGGAGUGGUGCAGUGGUGGCUGGGGCCGGUAAGGCCGGCUGGGUUAGGCGGUAUGGCUGAGGGGGUGCCCUCGACGGUACAGUCCUAUCCGCCGGGGAAGGAUACAGCUAACUGCAGGCGAUAAGUUUUCUGCCAACACCUGACCCCGCGACCACAGCUGGCACGCCGCGCCUGCCCGCCCGUUCGUACGUCUGCCUGUGUGUGUCUGUAUGUGUGUAGGUGUUUCUGUUUGUUAUUGUGUGCUCCCGCGUGUGUGGUGAGAAGUGCGCUGUGUCGAGAAGCUGUGAGGACUUGUAUGACUUCCGUGCCUUGGCGAGUGGCUUACCUGGCGACGAGCACGUGUUCCGCUGUCCUGGCUUGUCUGAGUAAUACAGCGCUUUGAACGGGA